UGAGGAAGUGGCCGGAGCAGGACUGCUCUUGGACAUGUAGUCACCCACUCUAAAGCACCAGCAGCUGUCAGGAGAUUACUAGCUAGUUAGCUAGAUAAUAGGGAUAUUUGACAAUGCGAUGGGUAACUGCUGGGCAUACUGUGCUGGGCUCUUCAGGAGAGAAGCCAACAGGAUCCAGAGAGGAGGCGGGUCCAAAUACUUCAGAAGCAGUACCACAGGGGAACAUUAUACAAUAGAGUUUGAAAACCUGGUAGAGAGUGAUGAGGCUGAGAGUCCACAGCCCUGUCCGAGGCCCAUCAGUGAAGAUGAGAUGAAGCACCUCAAAGAGCACCGCUACACUGCCAUCUCAGACAAGCAGCUGCUGAUCGACCAGAAGCUACGAGUGGAGUUAGAGGCACAAGAGGAGAAGUUAAGGCUAGAAGAGGAGGCUAGAAAUGCCGCCCAGCGUGAGGCCGCCAGGUUGGCACGUGAACGCAAAUUGAAGGAGCAGCUGUCUGCCCAGAGGAAACGGGGCAAAGCAGAUGGCUCCGGCGGUGAAACUCAGCAAAGAAAACAAACCUCUGGGGAGGAUUUUGACAUCUACCUCCAGAAUGUAAAAGCCCAGUCAGAGGCUUUCAGGAACAACAGACUGCCCUCUGACACAAACGUGGUGACUCCCAACACAGAGUGCAGCUGGGACUUCACCACCAAGACCCGCUCCACCAACGAUGACGGGACCUCGCUGGAUCUAGAGUGGGAGGACGAGGAAGGAAUCAAUCGUGCCCUCCCAGCCUGGGAGAGGUCUCGGACGGAGGAGGACAUCCUGCGCGCAGCCCUGAGGCCCGGCAGCAAGCAGAUGAACAGUGGCCCCACCUCGGCCUCUGAGGACUCCAACGCGCUGGAGUGGGAGAAUGAUUUUGUGAGUACCCAUCCAGAGGACAAUGCAGACGCUGAAUUUGAAGGGUUUGUCAAUCCUGUCCUAGACACCCCCUCUGAGGACGCCUCGGACUGUGGCCUAAGGUUGGACGGCCAGGACAGAUAGUGUCCAGCACCAAAGGCGACGUUUGUUGUGUCCUCUUCAUGUCAAAGCUCACCAGCUUUUUGCCUGAUGAAACGGAAAUGUACUCACUUGCUCUCUGAUGCUGCGGGAAUAUGUUGUGUGUCUUUACACUACAGGACAAUGUAGUGAUGUUUUUAUCAAAUACUCAUUUUUUCAGUGCCUUCAUUUGCCAAAUUAGCCGACCAUUUUAUGCAUUGGAACUAAAACUGACCAGUUUCCAUCCAUUGACACGCUGUUCAGUCAGUGCUUAUUUUCAGUGCACAGUUCCCAGGUGGUCAAAGAGAAGCUGACAAGCUACUCUGAACAGAAACUUGAUUAUCAAAGCAGAUGGCUGCUUUAGGAGCCCUGUUCUAUACUCACUGAUGGAAAUGUACAUAUUUCACUGCUUUGGGGAGAACUGAUCAUGGAGUGUAGCUUAUGAAGUUACGCUGUGCUUUUAAAAUCCCAGCAGGGAAAUUCGUCCUCUGCGUUUGACCUGUCCUAACUAUUUAGCAGCAGCUGACAGCCACGGCGCAGCGCCUGGGGACCAGCUGCAGCUCUGAGGCCAGUGGCAAAACCAAGAGUGUCCCUGCAUGUGUUUGUUGUGUGAAAAAACCCACACAAAAAAAGCAACUUAACUACAGAAGAGGUCCUCACUCAGCCCUUACUUUCUCUCCUCUGUCUCGGCUUCAGCUUUUAAAGCUAUUGCAUGAUGGCAAAAAAGGAAUUGAAUUCCAUACAAAAGUGGCUGAUGAUAAAGGUAAAACAUUAAACUAUGUGAUUUGAUGAAUCAGUGUAAUAAUACAGCCACUGACUCCACAUUUGAGCCUGGGCCUAGGAUCUGGGUGAUGAUGGGGUGUUAUCAUCAAAACCUCCUCUGAAUCUGUUUGAUUGACAGUCAUCUACGACAGUAAUCGGGCAUGCCUGCACUCAUUUUGUGAUCCCCUGCAUGCACUCUGACGAGAACGCUGCGCUCAUUGCACUGACCCCGCUCCAGUCAUAAGUGGAGUGUUUUGUACUGGGUGGCCUAACAUGAUUCAGAGUUAUAUUGCCAGUACAUUCAUUAAACCCCAUCCAGGCUCAAAACAGCUUUCUUAUCUGAUGAAAUGUGUCCGUCUCUCAGGGUUAACAGCCUUGUGUUCAGAAAAAUUUAAAUAAAGAAGCCCAAGCAUGAAAACACUUUCACUGUCAUUUUGCAGUAAUAUGCUCAGUCUUAUAAUUCCAAAUAUACACAUUUCCUUUAGUGAACAUGAGACCUCUAAUACAACAACAUAAUUAAGCACAUACAGUGAGUCCUCGUCAUAGGCCCAGUGGUGGACUGUAGGACAUCUUAGUUUGAAACUGGCCUUUUUCUGCUUUUUUUGAGUUUUAGGUUUUAUUCAAAGAUCUUUUUUGUGUCAAAAACAAUAGCACAGAACAGCAAUAUCAUUGCCAGGCACCACGACAUCCACAUCACAAACAUAUAUACAUACAUAUUAUGGCUUAUUAGGGCAGCAGGUCUACACAAGUUGCAUAGAAUUCUCCAUGAUGAGCAAAGCAUACAGCAAAAAGAAGGUAAAUGAGAUGUUAAGCAGUGAGGAUGAGCAGAGCCAACCACACGCUGCUUCUUUACCCCAACAAAUACAUUAUCUAAACAGGUCGCCAGAGGCUAACCUGCAGAUCAUUUUCAUCAGCUGGUUCUCUGGUUGAUUGAAAGUACUGAACCAUUAUUUAAAUGAAAAAUCUUCACAUUUAAGAAGCUGCAAUCAGCAAUAAUUUGGUGCCACUAAUUCUGGCUGUUGUUCUAGGUCUAAGUAUAUGUUACACAUCACGAAUCCAAACAACUGGGGUAAAGCAAAGUGAUGAAGCUGUGGAUAUGGAUAUGAAGAACUAACUGAUAAAACUGAUAAAUACAACAUAGGUGGAACGUAACGGGAGACAAUCACUGAAAACAAAAAUCUCUUCAUUUACCAGCUUCAAAAAAGACAUUGCUGAUUUCUGAUUGGUUGCUGACAUGUGGUGUUUGGAGGCAAAUCAUUUUUAAGCGGAAUGACUUUUUGUUUAAUCUGAUCUGAAACCAGUUACUCUGAACUAAAAACAUUCAGGCGUCAUAAUCUGAUCACUGCUGAUAUUGAAAGCAAUAUCUUUGUCUGGAUGAGAAAAGAAAAGUCACCAAACAUGCAAACAUGCCUCUGCGGUACAAACACUGUCAUGUUCCUGUGGUUGAUCCAGUGCUGCUGCACACAUCAUCCUGGUUCUUGUGCAUUACAUUUUUCUAUCUAUCGGGGACGGCUGAGCAUGAGUGGAGACAAUAGUGUAUCACAUUGAUUAUUUAAUCUGUUUGAAUCGAAAGCAAUCCACUGUUUGCGCUCCAACGUGUGGAUUGUUGCUUUGGUGUUAGCAGCUCGUAGAAGACGUUCACUGAAAUGAUUCACUUGUGUGAAGAGGAAACUGAUCUGACAACUGUGCACUACUGUAGACGUGUGUAGACGGGGCACGGGUUGAUUUGCAGAGUGUGUAAUUUAAAUGGUAUUGUUUUGAGCACAUUUGAAUGUUAAUGUUUUGCUGUGAUUACACGAUCUCUGAUUUAAUCACUGUAACUUUCUGUAAAAACAAACAAACUGUAACUUAACAUUCCUUGUCACACUGAGCCUAAGAGGAAAAAUAAAAUGUAGAAAAAUGUA